GGAUGCCCAAUUGGUGACAGAAUGGGAAAGAACGAAAACUCUAACAGCUGACCUGCCCUGUUUCUUCCCACUCCAAGAAGCGUGCCUCUGUAUUCCUACUGCGGCACUCUAGAUUGGAGUGCAACAUGGAGAUGGACACUGGACUCUGACACUGCAACGCCCAAAACCUGAAUGGCCUCCUUUUCCUCUUCCCUUUUCACCACCCUCACUGUCUACAUCUCCAAUGUUCCAAGUCAACGGUACCUAUUCCCGUCCAUCCAGGCCUAUCUCGACCUAUCCAGAAAAAGAAAUUCCCACUCAGACGCCCCAGCUGUUUCUGCCUCGUCCUCCAGUCAUUACCUCAUCCCACCUCCUGAGCUGGCAACCACACCAUUCACACCAUCGCUGACCGGUCUUGGAUACCAGACGUAGCCACGAUUCUGCUGAGAGGCCGAUGGUCUAUUUGCCAUCCAUCAAGUCGACGGCUGUCCUAAUCGUACUGUAGCAUUGGCAGCGUUCUCGCCCCCAUGAUGUGCCCUCCAGCGACUCCGGCUUGAGUCUGGUUGCUUCUGCUGGGCCGAAUAGACGCCCAAGCACGCUCCUGGCUCCUUACUGGCGAGAUGAGCAAUCAACAAGCGGCUGGCGACCAUGUACAAAAUCAGAGUCAAUUCUUGGCUGGACAUGCCGCCCGUCUGGCCGCCUGGCCGUCCGCCUCCUCUUCCCCCGCGCAUUGUUCCAGAUAUCCAGAUGAGCUGAAUCCGCUUAGAUUUAUAUGUCUCUACUCAGAGCCGCGUUUCCUGCACUGGAAAAGCAAUACCAGCAUUGCUACGGACGACAGAACUCAUGACUGGUCUCAGAAUAGCAACGGAGAGCGGCCUCGGUCCUCGAUAUCUCAGUUGACCCCGCGGCCUCGCGCAUUGGAUACCCGUCGGGAGUUUGUAUCAGUUGCCCCAGGGCACUGGUCCCGCGAGGCGCAGGAGUACCAGAUUGACUCAAGAUGGCGUAUAAGCUGCAACACAGCAGUAGCCUGCCAUACCGAGUCUCGGUAGCCGGCGUCAGCAGGAUGGGGCGGGAUGAGGAGGUGGGAAGGGGGCAAGAAGGGGGGGGGGGAUUAGGCGUGUGAACAAUGAUGACCCUGCAACUCCCAAUGGCCUGCCUCUACCUACUACUUGGGUCACCGUGUAGGCACUGCCCUCUGCUCCAUCACCCAAGGCAAGUCACUGCUCGUGGCCAGUGGGCAAUACUUCCUCACAGUACCAUUGUCGUGGUCCAUGGCCCUUAUCCCGGCAACCACAGACCUGGAACCCUGUUGUAGCAUGGUAACACGGUAGUACGGUAGCACAACGGCGGUGAUUUGUCUAUGACAGAUCUUGCAGACCGCAAAAACUGAUCAGGUAGCCGGUAAAGGGUCUACAGGUCUACCAGGUCCCCCAUAUGCCCGUCAUAUCUCUUAGUCUAGUCCAAGACAAGACAUGCUCAGUUACACGACUACCAUUUCGAUAUGCACCCAAUGCAUUCCUACCCAGGGCACCGACCAGGCCGCCCACCAUCCGGGGUUGGUUUUCAGAUCUCGCCAACAGCCGCAGCCUGGGCUUUGCUUCAUCGUACAUGAUUCACCGUGUCUGUUGGUAGCCAUUGCUUGCUGCUUUUUCACAAUGUCUUUUCCAUUUGGUUUGAUCGUCCUGGGAUUUCUCUGGUCGUGUAUAAGAACGCCAUCGUAUCCUCUCCUUACCACCGACACAACACCAUAAUUCACAGUCACACCUGAUCUCAAACGUCUACUGCGCUCUCGUUUCACCACAACACCUCCGGUAACCCCUCGAUCGCCUUGAAGCACACUCGCAAUGGCUCCUGGAAGCUCAAGAUCAUCCAGGCCCAAGCCGUCUGAAGUGGCUGCGGAAACUAAGAGGCAACAUAUCCCCUAUAUCCGGUCUUUGGGCACGUGGGACAUCAACUCCUACCUUUUGCAUCAACCGCUAGCGCAGAUCAACUUCCCACAAAGACCUCAUGAUAUUUCCCCUCCCCAGUUCUUUGUCUACAACGGCGAUCCAGUCGACUGUGCCUUGAACUGGGCAAAGCAGAUUGCAGAACCACACACGGUAGCCUUCAUUUGCGCGGCCAACGACAAAAGGCCAGGCGGGGAUUGGGAAACGGGAGCUGUUGGCUAUGAGGAACGCCUAUGCCGCCGAAGCACUCUCUCUGCGAACUUGGCAACACCUGCGCCAGGAUCAACGGUGACUGAGAAUUACCCCAUCCCAAGCUAUGGUGGUAUUUACUCGCGAGAUGUCGUUGUAUUCCGAGGGCCUCACGACAGAUAUGAGAAGCUCCCGCCCGAGCAGUGGCAGUCAAUUCCUGUCGUUUCGGUCCAUCCGACCCGCUGGCCUAAACUUACACAGAACGGAACAAAGUUCUCCUUCCAAAACGAACGCGACAUGUUGAAAGACUUGUUACGAGGAGCACUUCGAAUCGCAGCCUAUAACAACCAUACACAGCUUGUCAUUGGCGACUUCGGCCUUGGCAAUGGCUACCGCAACCCGCCCCAAGAGGUGGCCGAGAUGUGGCGCGAAGUCUUGCUCUAUGACCCUGACCUGCGUGGGCGUAUCACCUCCGUAGCCUUUGUGUUUGAGGAUCCAAAUCAAAGUACCAGCAAACUGAUCUUGGAGGAUCUUGCCAAGAAGGCCAGAGAAACGAUUAGCAGCACUACUGCCGCGGCUUGUCCUUCUGACUUGGAAGUAUUUCACCGAGUGUUCCACGACACCGAGAUUCAGCGAGUAGUCAGCCAGCCGGAUUCUCGGUAUGGGCUAAACAACCUGCUUGCGAGCUAAAGACACCCUUCGUUACCGUUCUGUCGUGCUCUGGAGUUGGCGUUGGGUUUGGAUUUCGGUUGCAUAAAACCGCGGAUUCUCCUGCUAUGGUUGGCAAAUACCCUGGAGCCGUGGUAAGGGUCUUUGAAAGCGAUUGUAUUAGUGUUAUGAGACACCCUAACGGAGUUUGUGCUUCUUUGGUCUGGCUCGGAUGCAGCAAAAUGGCGCAUAAUGGUGGGCUACGCGAUACGCUGUUGGUCGCUCCGGUGUCUUGCUUUUUUGUUUUCCCCCUUUGGACCCUUUUUGAAUACAAGAACUUCCUCCACAUCGCUGAAUGACUGCACAUCAUACUCUGCGCCGCUACUUCAAGUUCUCAACUACUGAUAACGCUACCACAAGUGGGCUUGGUUAGUAUUAGCUUGGUGAGCGGGUGCUGUGGGUGACCCGCUUGCACUGCCUGGCUGUCGGAUCCUGCUCAAGUGACUGGAAAAAGCAAAAUUGCACCUGUGUAUGUGGGCAUCCCGGCCACGUAUUGGUCUUUUCACUGGCAUGAUCAACC